CCCACACGUCAUCUGCUGAGUGAAAAUGGUGGAAUUUGGAGAGAUUCUGAGAGCUAUCGGCGACUUUGGAUUCUUCCAGAAGCUCAUUCUUUCUGGGAUAACCUUACCAAACAUAUUACUGCCCAUUUUCUUUUCUAGUUUUCUUUUUAUUGAGUCAGAUCCAGAGCGACACUGUAACACAGACUGGAUCCUGCAGGCUGACUCUAACCUGACCACAGAGGAGCAGCUGAACCUGACUCUGCCCCGGGAGGAGGAUGGGACCUUCAGCAGGUGUCGGAUGUUUGUCCCUGUGGACCGGGACAUUGGUGCCAUCAGGGAGUACGGACUCAAUGAGACCACAGGGUGCCAGAAUGGAUGGGUUUAUUACAACACGCUGUACGAGGCCACCAUAGUCACUGAUUUUGAUCUCGUCUGUGACAAAUCUAACAUGGCUCACGUUGUGCAGACAGUCGUUAUGACUGGUUUACUUGCUGGUUCAUUCAUCUUUGGACCCUCAGCAGAAUCGCACGGCCGGAGGAGAGCAACCCAGAUUCCAGCCGUAAUUCUGCUGAUAUUCGUCAUAGUUGCGGGCGUGUCUCCAAAUUUGUACGUUUACAUAGUGUCACAGUUUAUAGUUGGAGCUGCACUCGGAGGAUACAGAAUUAACUCCACUGUAUUGGCUACGGAGUGGAUUGGGAUCACCAAGAGGUCCUUUGCCUCCUGUAUGAGCCAGAUGUUUGCAGCUGUCGGACAGUGUGUCAUGGCUGGUCUGAUCUAUGUCAUCCGUGACUGGAGAGUGGCGCAGUACGUCAUGGCAGGAGCACAGGCCUUUGUAUUGCUGUACAUAUGGUGGAUUCCUGAAUCUGCACGGUGGUUGCUUGGACAGGGCAGAACCGAAGAAGCGAAUAUGUUGAUACGUCGAGUUGCAGCGAUCAAUAAAAAGCAAAUCCCAGACAAUCUACUGGACGAGAUCACUGGGGACCGAGAAGUCAAAAGUGGAGGACUCAAAGCUGUUUUUGCCUCCGCAGUCCUGAUUAAAUAUUUAAUCAUCAUAUCUUUCGCUUGGUUUUCAUUUAAUCUAGGCUACUUCUGCCUCGUUCUGAAUGUGGGUAAGCUUGGUCUGAACAUCUUCCUGGUUCAGUUCCUGUUUGGGAUCUUUGAGAUGCCGGGACAUCUCCUCUGUAUCUGGGGCCUGGAGCUGAUAGGGAGAAAAAAAUCCCUGACGUUAACCCUCCUGGCAGGCAGUGUUAUUUGCCUCUUAACACUGGCGUUCCCUCGAGACAAUGCUGUUGUCAUCACGGCCCUCUCAACUGUUGGGAAGGUCUUUCUGAACUGGGCCGGUUCAGUGUGUAUGGUCUACAGUCAGGAGAUGUUUCCUACUUCUGUCAGACAAACAGCUGUGGGCUUGGCCUCUAUAGCCUACAGAGCAGGAGGUUUAGUGUCUCCGCUGCUCAACAUGUUGGAUGUGUACCACUGGUCCAUACCUGUCGUAAUCUACAGCAGCCUUUCACUAAUCAGUGGCGCGCUAAGCUUCCUACUUCCUGAGACCAGGAGAACAGAGCUUCCUGAUUCAACUGCUGAGGCCGAGGGCAACAGGUAUAUGACCACCAAGAAGACAGGAAGUGACUCCAACAUGGCCGAACACAACAUCAAAAAAUCCACCAGACUCUAAUUGGAAUACCAUACUUUUUACCUCCACCAAAGAGGUUACGCUUUUUGUUCGGUUUGUCUGUCAGCAGGGUUACAUGAAAACUACUGGCCUGAUUCUCAUGAAACCUGGAGGAAGGUUGAAGGACCGAAUCAAAGAGAGGAUACACAAAUUAAUUUUCUUUACAUUGCCAGAUAGGGUUUUUGGUCUUGCCGUAAUAAAUGCCAUGCAUCUUAAAAUCCAGAAGACAGUUGUGAAGUUUGAAGUAGUAAUAUGAUGUUCGGAUAGCAACCAUGAUUGUAUCAACGCUGUUUCCUCAAACUAAGGUGUGGCCGUAGUAACGAAAAUACAUACACGUCAUGCAACUGAUUAUAUUCUUACUCACAUCUUAAUUUGCAAUAAACUCCUCUAAAGAUG